AAGAGUUAAGAGUUAAGUGGAUAAGGAGUGAAGAAAGGAGGAAGAGAGAGGGGGGAAGGUCGAGAUGUAUAAGAACCAGCUUCAGGAGCUGGCGCAGAGGAGCUGCUUUAAUCUUCCGUCAUAUACGUGCAUAAGGGAAGGACCUGAUCACGCACCGAGAUUCAAGGCUACCGUUAACUUUAAUGGUGAGAUCUUCGAGAGCCCCAACUAUUGUACGACUUUGAGACAAGCUGAGCAUUCGGCGGCCGAGGUUGCGCUCAAUUCGCUCUCCAACCGAGGUCCUUCGCAUUCGCUUGCCGCCAGGAUUCUGGAUGAGACCGGUGUCUACAAAAACCUUUUACAGGAAAUUGCACAAAGAGUUGGAGCACCUCUGCCUCAAUACAAAACUUUCCGGUCAGGUCUCGGGCACCUACCUGUAUUUACUUGCAUGGUAGAGCUGGCUGGGAUUACAUUCACAGGUGAACCUGCCAAGAACAAGAAACAAGCCGAAAAGAAUGCAGCCAUGGCAGCAUGGUCAUCUCUGAAACAAUUGGCACAGCAAGCUGCAAGUUCAUCCUCUGAGACGGAGAACAAUGAUGAGCAAGAACAGAUCACCAUAGCACGGGCACUAUUAAAUUAUCGUCUGAAGGAAAAGAUUGCGGCAAACUCACCUGAUGCUCCAAUUCCAUUCUCAAAGAAAUUCCCAAUGCAAAAUGUGAGACCAUCAAGUACACAGCCUCCGCCUGUUAUGACCUCAAAAAUACUCCCAUUAAUCCGUCCGAAGACAGCUGCACGGACCAGACCAGCCUCUUCAACAGCAAAUGAAAACCCCCAAACAUCACAGCCUUUGCCACCUGAAUACCGUGGAGUUUGGCCACAGAAAUUCCCUGCAGCAGGAGCAGCUCCAUACAUUCCUGCCAGGCAUUUCAGGCCAUACCAUGGGAUUGCACCACCAGUGACAAUAAGGACUGCAAUACCUGUUUUCUCUGCCCCGCCAAUCCCCCCACCGACCGUCCAUCCUCAGGUAAUGAGACCACCAAUUCAUGUUGCCCCGGUAGUCCACAUCAGGCAGGCAGUGCCAGUGUUUGCUGCUCCACCCCUUCCUAGAAAGGAACUGCCAUCUUUGAAGGUUUCUUCCCCACCAACCAAGCCAUCGUCAGUUCAGAUCGAGGAGACAGGAAGCUCAAUAACCGAGAAUGACCUGCAAGAAUCGGUAGCAGCGGAGAGAAUGAAACAGCUCAAAAUCUGAUGUUGGCAGGAGAUUAUUUGAAUCCUUAGGUAACUGUUUCUGAUAUUGUGCUGGGUUGCGGUUGGUUCUAUCGUCUAUUUCCACACACCUUACAGUGUUCUUUAUUGCGCUUUCUUUCAGUGGGAAAGCUACAUUGUCUUUAGAUUCGUUAGCAUUAGACAUAAGCAACCUGAAGUUUUGGCUAUGUAA